ACAUUUUAUUAUUGUUUAUAUUGUUUUAUACUUUAAUAUAUUAUUGAUGAAAAUAUGCAAUAAAAUCGAUAGUUAUCGAACGAAUUAUCGAAUGAUUUUAAAAUUCUAUUUCAAUUGAAGUUGGACUCACAUUGUUUGUUUUGGAAACAAUGUUUUAAGUGCAGACGAAUUAUUGUAGUAUACAAAAAAUUCUUUUAUUUAUUCUUGAAAGAAUAAAAAUGAAAUAAUGUUUUCUACAAAAAUAAACAUAUUACCAGUAAAGAAUAUUUUAGGUUAUGCUAAUUUUAGUAUUAACCACUGCAAAUGGGAAACGAUAAAUAUUUAUUCACAUAAUGUACGAGCUUAUUAUAAAAUAAGCAAUGUAAAUAAGAUAUUUCAUAGUAAUAUAGAAUAUCAACCUAAAAAUGGUAUUGCCACAUUAUUUGACGAUAGACAAUUCUGUACAAAAAGUGAACCGAAGAAAGCGGAUGUUUUUGGCGAUAUUGGAUAUAAUAAAUAUAAUAGAGUCGAAAUGGACACGGAAGAGGAAAAGGAAGAAACAUUUCAGGAUAAUAUAGCUAAAAAACCAGAAAAGAUAAAGGGUGCUUGGCGUCAGUAUGUUACAAAAAUGAAUCAUCAUAUUGGAAAUGGAGAUUUGUCAUCUGCCUUAAACGUACUUUCAUUAAUCAAAGAGAAUCGUGAUAAACCUAGUACUUUCAUGUAUAAUCUUCUUCUACGUGCUUAUUCCAAGCAAGGAGAUGUGAAACAAUGUUUCAGUCUUUAUAACAAAAUGAAAAAAGCUCAAUUGAAACCCAAUAAUGCUACAUAUACCAGUUUAAUUAAUUCUUGUGCAGAAUCACAAAAUAAAUCUUUAGCUCUAGAAAAGUUAAAAAAAUUACGCAUUCACUUACAUGAAACAGGACAUCCAAUGAAUGAAACACAUUAUAAUGUAUUUAUUAAAGCGUAUAGUCGACAUAACUGUAUUGCUGAAGCUUUCCAAAUAGUUGAUGAAAUGAGAGAUAAAAGAAUAAGUAUAAAUGUAAUAACGUAUAAUUCUUUAUUGAAUGCUACAAUAUCUGAUAAAAAAGCUGGUAUGAGACAUGCCUUGAUCAUAUGGCAUCUCAUGCGCAAAUAUGGAAUAAGACCAAAUCUAAUUACGUACAAUCUAUUCUUUAGAGCUAUGAGAGAUACAAACUUUGGUAAAUGCAAACUUAGUGACAUACUAACACAUCAAUUAAUGGAUACUAAUUUAAUAAGUACUACCAAAACAAGCAGACCAAAUUUGCUAAGUACUCCUCCUAUUGUCAGUUCAGUAACCGUACCUAUAAUAAUAAAUAAUAAGAAUGUAGAAUACGAACUAUCACCCGACAUGCAAUUAGAUGAUGUUUUUAAAUAUAAUCGUUUUAUUUUAUUCGGCGGCUUGGAAAAUAUUUUAAAAAUGAUGAAAGAAGACUGUGUUAUGCCUAAUAAAGUAACGGCUACUAUAUUACUCGAUUUAAUUCCGAAUACAGCAUACAUUGAAGAUUUAUUUCUUCGUAAUAUGAACAGUUUGAACGUUGAUUUAGAUAUCGAUUUUUAUAACAUGCUUAUCAAGAGAAGGUGUAUAAGGAGAGAAUAUGGUUUAGCUAAGAAAGUCUUAGAAGAAAUUCAACGCAGACAUAUGUUGCCAAAUAUAAUGACAUUUGGAGUUUUAGCGUUAGGAUGUCAAAAAGUUAAAGAAGCAGUAGAAUUACUAGAAGGAUUGGACAUUGCUGGAUAUGUUCCAAAUGUAGUCAUUCUCGGAACACUUAUAUCUAAUGCAUGUCACGCGCUUGAUACCAAAUAUCUAAUGGAAAUAAUGGAUUACAUGACGAAAAACAAACUUAAAGCAAACGAUAAGAUUUAUGUAUUGCUGGAUAAUUAUAAGGAAACAUUGUCACAAAUGCUACUCUCAAAGAAAAUUGCUUUCAAGAAACAUUUGGAACUGAAAACGGACUUCGAAAAAUUUUCAUUAAAAUAUUCUAAAUUUAAAAGGAUGAAUGAUGGUGAUAAUGAUUAUUAUGAUAAACAUAAAUAG